UAUGCAGACAAAGCGGUGCAAGCUUCCAAGCCCCAACUUCAACCAAAACCACUUUUUCAGUUUUUCUUUACGUCACACCGGCGUUAAGUAUUCCGUCCAACUUCUCCUAUCUCUUCUCAGCUACUUUUGAAUCUCUCUCAUCGGCAAGAUGGCAAUAGAAUGAGGAGUCGGAAGAGGUCAUCAUGUCCGUAUCGAUUUCCAACUGCUUCUCUAAUUUAAUCUGCCAGGAGGAUUCCUCCGGCGUCUUGUCCGGCGAGUCGCCGGGGUGUUCUUCCGACUUCGAUUCGACGGCCUGCGUUGAGGAAUCUAUCGCCGUCUUCAUCAAGGAUGAGCGUCGCUUCGUCCCUGAUUAUGACUGUUUCUCGCGCUUCCAAUCUCCAUCGCUGGAUGCGGCCGCUAGACUAGACUCUGUUGCAUGGAUUCUUAAGGUUCAAGCCUAUUACGGUUUUCAGCCUUUGACAGCGUAUCUCUCCGUCAACUACUUGGAUCGCUUCCUUUGUUCACGCCGUUUGCCGCAAACAAAUGGGUGGCCAUUGCAACUCCUCUCUGUUGCUUGCCUGUCACUGGCUGCUAAAAUGGAGGAACCUCUUGUUCCCGCUUUACUAGAUCUUCAGGUUGAGGGGGCUAAAUAUAUAUUUGAACCCAGAACAAUAUGCAGGAUGGAGUUGUUGGUGCUGAGGGUAUUGGAUUGGCGGCUGCGUUCAGUAACGCCGUUCAAUUUCAUAGCAUUCUUUGCGUGCAAGCUCGACCCAUCGGGAGAUUUCAUCGGGUUUCUUAUUUCAAGAGCAACAGAAAUUAUAGUAUCGAAUAUCCGAGAGGUAAUCUUUCUGGAUAACUGGCCAUCGUGUAUUGCGGCAGCCGCCUUGCUUUGUGCAGCAAAUGAAGUCCCGGGUUUGUCUGUUGUCAAUCCAGAACAUGCUGAAUCAUGGUGCAGCGGCCUGAGGAAACAGGAAAAUAUCACCGGCUGCUACCGGUUAAUGCAAGAGAUUGUGCUUGUUAGUAGCCGGAGCAAGUCCCCCAAAAUCCUACCCGGCCAGUUUAGAGUGACUGUCCGUACUAGUAUGACAUCCAGCGACUUAUCCUCCUACUCCUCUUCCUCAUCUUCGUCAUCACCAAACAAAAGGAGAAAAUUAAACCAGAGCAGCGUCUGGAUAGAUGAUGACAAAGGUAACACCGAAGAAUGAGAGGUAGCCGAACUUUGUCUAAAAGAAAAAAAAAAAAAAAAAAAAGGUAGAAUCCUCAAUAUUUUUUGGGAGGGUUUAGAUAUUAAGUUAACAUAACUAGAGUGGUGCGUGGUGCGUGUUAAUUAUAGUAUGUAGUGUAUGAAAUCUCAAAGUUCGGGUGAGCUGGGAGAUUUCAAUAAUUUAUUUAUUUAUGAUCUUGUUGGUGGGAAAUUGCCAUUCAUUAAUGGCUUAGCUGAUUCCCAAUGGGGGGAAACUAAAGGAAAGGGGUUUGUUUGAUUUUGAGGGAAAUGGCGGAGUGUUGAAUAAGUGGAGGAGUCCACAUGGAGUGUGGAACAGAAAAGUUUGAUUAAUUUUCCCAUCUCCAACAACUAUAUUUUGCUCCCCAUUGGUUGGGCAGUAAAUAAAUUGAGUGGUUGUUUAUGCACAUGCUUUUUGGGUGCGUGGCAUGCUCUAGGGUGUCAGUGUGUACUGUACGAGUGGACUGCCCGCCCCUUCGGCUGGAGGAAGUGCCUCUUCUUUUUCAUUGGACUUGAGCCAACCGGGCUGGCCCUUCUGAGUUCUGUGAGUUUAUCUUCUUCCUUUCUAUUUAUUUAUUUUUCAAAGCCUGCGUUAGAUGAAGGGAAAAAAUCCCAAGUAUACAAAAAGGUCUUUGGGGCCUUUGAUUGCUUGUUGUAUUUGUUUCAAUCAAUGUGAUUAAUUUUCAUUCAUUUCCCUCUC